AUGUUCAUGACUGGAGGCAUUCUCGGCGUUUUCGCCGCUUUCAACGCCGACCGCGGCACUCUCGAGAAGAAGGACACCAAGUCCAUCGGUGACAACACCCCGGCCAUUUAUCGACCCGCCCUCAUUGGCUCUGAGGCAUGGCUCUGGAUCCCAUCUGCAGCCGAUUUUACCAGCCUUCUGCGGACUGUUCCGUUCCAGGCUGGUCUGGUGAUGCUUUCCGGCGGUCUCAUCCUCUCUGUGGCCGCAGUGGCUGGCUUUCCAGGAGUUCUCAACCCCAUGGAUCUUUUUCUCACCCAAGCUCUCGUCUUCAUGCCUCAAGCGAAUGGCAAGGGGCGGCAUGGAAUGCAGUGGCAUCCGCCGGUUUCAUUGUGA